AUGGCCCCGGGCCCCUAUGCAAUCGGAAUCGACCUUGGGACCGCGAAUACGUGCGUCGCCGUGUACCGUGAUGACGAUAUCGAGAUCGUUCCACACGACGGCUGCCGCACUAUGCCAUCGUAUGUUGCCUUUACAGAAUCGGUUCGCCUGAUCGGUGCAUCAGCCAAAAACCAAGCCGCCAUCAAUCCUCAAAACACCAUCUUUAAUAUUAUGCGUCUUGUCGGACGUAAGUUCAGUGAUCCCGAGGUCCAGUUCGAUUUAAAGCAGCUUCCAUUCGUGGUCCUCAAUAAGGGGGGCAAACCCGUCAUCAGCGUUGAAUACAAAAGGCGCAGCAAGAUUUUAACGCCAGAGGAAGUCUUAUCCAUGAUAUUAGCCAGGGCAAAGGAGAAUGCCGAAAGCUACCUAGGGUCUACUGUGACCAGCGCUGUCCUCACCGUACCAACGUACUACAACAGCUCUCAGCGUCAAUCCAUCAGAGACGCCGCUCUGAUAUCUGGACUUCAGGUUCUCCUCAUGAUCAACGCGCCUACCGCUGCCGCUAGUGACUACACGAUUAGCAAUCCGCGCACUGGCGAGAGGAACCUUCUUUUUGUCGACCUGGGUGCUGGCACGCUCGAUGUAGCGCUGGUAACUAUCGAGGAGGGUAUCAUCGAAGUCAAAUCCGUUUCCGGCGACCUCCAUCUUGGCGGAGAAGAUCUUGAUACCCGUCUCACCAACCACCUGACGCACGUGAUCAAGAAAAGAUGGAGUAGGGAUAUAACCUCCAACGCUAGAGCACGUCUUCGUCUCCGCACUGCUUGCGAACAUGCAAAGUGUGAGCUCUCUUCGCAGCAACAAACCACUGUACAGAUUGACUCUCUUCUCGAAGGCAUUGAUUUCAACUAUCUACUGACAUCCACGAUCUUCGAGGAAAGUUGUGUGGACAUCUUCCGCCGCGUCAUCGCAGUUACAGAGGACGCCCUUAAGUUAGACAAAUCCUCCAUUCAUGAGGUCGUUGUAAUUGGGGGUUCAUCUCGGAUUCCGAAAAUCCAGAAGCUACUUUCGGACAUUUUCAAUGGAAAAGAUAUAUCGAAGUCCCUCAAUCUUAAUGAAGCUGCAGCACGUGGUGCAGCAAUUCAUGCGGCGAUAUACUCCGGCUAUGAUGCGCCGCCUUCUAGACUCCGCGAACUCUUGGUUCUGGACGUUGCGCCGAUCAGUUUAGGUAUCGAAAUCCCUGGAGACGUGAUGACGACGCUGAUUAAGUGCAACACUACUAUUCCCACAAAGAAGUCAGAGACAUUUUCCACGUGCGAAGACAAUCAAGCUGACUUCCACAUGUCAGUCUUCGAGGGUGACGCUUGGCCGCUCAGAGACAACUUGUAUUUAGGGGCGUUCGUUAUUCCACUUCUUCCAGCUCCUCGAGGUGUCCCUCAGAUCGAAAUCACAUUUAACUGCGAUCGACACGGUCAGUUGUCUGUUCAGACGCUCGUAAAGGACACCGGGCAGCAGAGAAUGCACUAUAUCAGAAAUUUCGCCAGACUCUCAUCGGAUUCAAUUGAGCGCAUGAAGAGAGAAGCCGAGCAGUACAAGGCAGAAGAUGAGGCUGAAGCGGAUCGUGUCUCAGCAAGGAACGCUUUAGAAUCGUACGCAUACUCCUUGAAGAGUGACGUGCGCGACUCCAGGCGUGAAGGAUCCGAGAUUCUGAGGGUCACGACCUUAGUGCAUAUGAUCCUUGCCUGGCUCGACGAGAAUCAGUCUGCCUCGGCCUCCGAGUAUCGUGUGAGGCGUACAGAACUGGAGAAGGUGCAGAGCUACACCGACCCAAGAUACUUUGCCCUUAUUAUGUCUCCUGUAGCAGAUUGCAACUUAUUCGAAUACUACAGCCUCGCCAGCAACUCUGCUAACAAGUUGUCGCUCCUCCGAAGCUUUUUCGGCUGUCUCGCCAAUACUCUUCAAUAUAUCCACAAUAUCAAGAUCCGCCACCGAGACAUCAAGCCACAGAAUGUUCUUGUCAAGGGCGACCGGGUCCUCCUAACCGACUUCGGCAUCGCACUGGACUGGGAGCACCUAUCACAAAGCACCACCACCGCAGACUCCGGCAAGACCUGGCCGUACGCCGCUCCCGAAGUUGCCCGGUACGAAAAGCGGAACACAUCCUCAGAUAUCUGGUCGCUGGGAUGCGUUUUUCUUGAGAUGAUCACCGUUCUGAAAGGAGAAAGUGUCGUCAACAUGCGGAGUUUCUUCAAUGAACGGAAGGAAAAUUAUCGUUUCUAUGCCAACAUUGCCCAUAUUCCUGAAUGGAUAGACAAGCUGCGAGGUCGCGGUUUGCCUAAGGACGACAAGCCUUUGGAGUGGAUUGCGCAGAUGCUCCAGGAGACCCCUGAUUUGAGACCUACGGCUGCAAAGCUGGUCAAUGAUGUUACUGCUGAGUCUGCGGCUACUCAUGUCCCGUUCUGUGGCCCAUGCUGUAGAGAUGAUGAUGAGUUAUCGGAGGCGGACAACGACGAUGAAGAGCUGUGGGGAUAUGAAGGGGAGCCUACGUUGAGAGCACAUCCUCUUGACAAGUAG